UCUUCAUAAAGCGGUAUCGACCAUGAGAUCGAUUCUUCACUUCGGUCCAAUUCAAUCUCCAUCUCCUGCUAACUUACGAUAUGCCUACUAUCGCUGGACCAAGUUCAUCACCUCACAAGCAUAUCAUCGCUCCUCGAAAGCGGAAGUUGAGAUCUGAUUCCGCCACGGAGGUUGCAGCAACGGCAGUCUCUACGCCGAUUAAACGGAUAUCUCCUCGACGAUGUGUUGUUUCAAGCCCUGGGACGCCUAUUGAGGAGGUGAAGGAAGAAUCUAAUAGGGUACUGGAGAAGCAAUUUGAUUUUCUAGAUGUUAAAUCAAAGUGGAAUCCCAGAGAUGAUGAUCAAAUGAAAGCUGUGAAGGAGGUAUUGCACGUUUCCAAGGCCCCAUCAACUAUUGUUUGCCGUGAGGAUGAGCAGAGACGUGUUUUGGAGUUUGUGAAAGGUUGCAUGGAACAGAAGAAGGCUGGGAGUUUGUAUAUUUGUGGCUGUCCUGGAACUGGAAAGUCAUUGUCUAUGGAGAAAGUAAGACAACAAGCUCAAGACUGGGCGAAACAGGAAGGCUUGCCUUGUCUGGAAACAGUGUCUGUUAACUGCACGUCAUUGACCAAAACAACAGAUAUAUUUUCCAAGAUACUUGGUGAAAGCGAGACAGGGAAGAAAGCAAAUGGCUCCUCUUCACCUCUACAACAACUUCAGGCUUUGUUUUCUCAAAAGCAACAAUCAUCCAACUCAAAGAUGAUGCUAAUAAUUGCAGAUGAGAUGGAUUAUUUGAUCACAAGAGAUCGAGGUGUCCUUCACGAGCUUUUUAUGCUCACAACUUUGCCAUUUUCAAGAUGUAUACUUAUAGGUGUAGCCAAUGCAAUAGACCUUGCAGAUCGUUUCCUUCCAAAAUUGAAGUCUCUUAAUUGCAGACCUUUGGUUGUCACUUUCCGUGCCUAUUCUAUGCAGCAGAUCCUAAGGAUACUUCAGGAGAGGCUUGUGGAACUUCCAUAUAUUGCAUUCCAAUCAAAAGCCUUGGAGCUUUGUGCCAGAAAAGUAUCAGCUGCAUCAGGAGACAUGAGAAAGGCUCUAGCUGUCUGCAGGAGUGCCUUAGAAAUCAUAGAAACAGAAGUUAGAGGAUCAACAGAUCACGAGCCACAAACUUCAGUUACAGAGGAUCAAGUGGUCAAACUGGAUCAUAUGGUAACUGCAUUGGCCAAGACCUUUAAAUCUCCAGUAGUUGACACCAUUCAGUCUCUUCCUCAACACCAGCAAAUCAUAGUCUGUUCUGCUGCAAAGGCCUUUAGAGGAAGCAAAAAGGACAGAACCGUCGCAGAGUUAAAUAAGUUAUACUUGGAGAUAUGUAAAUCUUCGAUGAUCACUCCUGCUGGAAUAACAGAGUUCACUAACAUGUGUACAGUGCUAAACGACCAGGGGAUUUUGAAACUGAGUCAAGGUCGGGACGAGAAGCUAAAGAGAGUGAGCCUAAGAGUAGAUGAAGCAGACAUCACAUUUGCCCUUAAGGAAAUUCGAUUCUUCCGCAACUGUCUUCUAUGAUGAAGUUAUUGAGGAUGUGUUUCUUCAUUCUUUUCUUACAGAGUACAAAGAGUAAAAAAUUCAGUGCUCACAUAAGUUAUUUUCUUCUGUUAUGUAAAUGAACAUAAACAAAGUGUACUUUUAAAUUUAUUUGUUACAUGUUACUUAUAAGGGAAAUUAAAUUUGUCCA